GUAAAAGCUCGACGAAUACGGCCAAGGUCUUGCAUGGCAGCUAUGAUAAAGCACGUAGCAACCAAGUCCAUUUUGGGGCUACACUAACCCUCCAACCCCAAUGAUCUGUCUUCAUCUUGUCUUUUCCUUUUCCCUGGCUUUAGUGUCUUAGCUUUGACAGCCAGUGCACACACAGCGGUUUAGAAAGGGGGUGUGCUGUACCAUCAGACAAGUUUAUCGUCCUAACGGCCUCAGCUAAAAUGCCUGCGCAGAAGCCAUUCAAGAUUCAACACGGCCCCUACCAGAUAGAGCGGUUUCCUCCUCGUCAUCCUUUACAGAAGAGUUAUCCUCUAGUGACUGAGUACGCCGGGCUUGCUACUGAGUUCAUCUGGGCGGCAUACAUUACUCUUGAAUGGCUGGUAGUGUUUUCACUCCAGCUUGCUAAUUCCAAAUGGAUAUGGAAAUUGUGGCUACUACUGUUUGCUGAAGCAGCUUCGUCUGUUUCAGAGAUCUUAUCGUUUCUGAAUACCGUGUUUGUACUUUUGGUGAAGAGAGAAGCAGCAGGACCGCGCCCCUCUUACCGAUUGGUGGGAAAUGUUGCUCCGUCAGUGGACAUCAUGAUACCUUGCUGCAAAGAAGCUGUUGAUGUGGUCAUGGAUACAGUUAAAGCUGCAUUGGCUAUUGACUACCCAUCAGAUAAAUUUCGUGUGUUCAUCUUGGACGACGGCAAAGAUGAUGUCCUUCGCGAAGCGGUUGAGACCUUGAAAAAGAACACAUGUUCUGCAGACUUAUCUAGAUUGCAUUAUCUCUCAAGGACCAUAAAGGCCGGCCAGAAGUCACAUUACAAAUCUGGGAAUCUGCAAUAUGGCAUCGAGGAGACUGGGCGAAUGAGUGGCUCAGAGUACCUAGCAUCUCUUGAUGCCGAUAUGAUUCCGGACAAAAACUGGCUUAGGGCAAUGGUUCCUCACCUGAUCUUAGAGGAUAAUCUAGCACUCGCUUGCCCACCUCAACGUUACUACAACGUCCCUGGAUCCGACCCAUUCGGUCAACAAGCCGAGUUCGACGUCUUUUUGGAUGUCUAUGAGCCAAUGGAUGAUCGUCUCGACCCUGCCAUGUGCACCGGAUCUGGGUUUGUAGUUAAGAGAGAAGCCAUCGCUGCUAUUGGGGGCUGGCCGCUAGUCGACAGCGGGGAAGAUUUCAUUGGAGCGAGCAUGUUCAGUUACAGUGGCUGGACAGUGGCAUACAUUCGCGAGCAGCUACAGAUUGGGCUUGCACCAAAUUCCAUCAGGGCGCACAUUCGACAAAGAGAACGAUGGGUUGAUAGUGGGGUUGUUGUCCACAAACACUUCAAGUUCUACAUUCCAGGACUCAAGGAGAAUGAAAAGAUGCCAUGGAAUUUACGUGGUGUUGGGGUAUUAGGACUUAUAAGGGAAUAUGCACCGGUCUUUCAUAUCCUUGGUCUCAUGCUCCUGCCCCUAGCGGUUUUGAUGUUGAGCCGGGAAGCCCACUCUUGGUCACAUAACUUCUCGUGGCUUCGAGGGGUUCUUGUGACAUCAUUAAUAUCCAGAAAGAUUGGAGAGAGACUUUUGUUUGGCAAUAUUGGACAAUCCCGCAUAGCUAACCUCUUUAGCAAUGAUGUUUGGACUGCGCCUUACACAGCAGUGCGCUGCGUUCUUUCGCUGCUCCCGGAAAGCUUUCACACAGUCAGCUUUGUUUCGACUGCAACCAUCGUGUCCAAUAUCAAUGAGCGGUCUAGACUGCAACGCAUGCCGCUUCCGCACAGGCUCUUCAAUCUUGAUUUUAUGAUGCCGGCUAUCUACUUUGUGGUCGUCUCGGGGUUGCUAUUUUCAAGUUCAGACAUCUUGGGCGUACCAUUGUUAACGGGAGCUAUACUCAGACUGUUUUCCUAUUUUUGGAAAGUAGCCAUACCGAUUGUUUAUAUCAUUGCACCGCCUACAGUACCGGAACGGAGCGAACUGAUUGCCCCAGACGAAGAGGGAAACAAUCGACCAACUGAGCAAGCCGUCACAUUAGCAACUGGGAACCCUACUUUGUGGUCCUGGGGCGACAUUAUAGAAGUGUGCGCUGCGUGCUGGUGUUUGUCAUCAUAGUACAAUAAUCUUGUACAAACGCACUGAGUGAUCAUCCAAACAUGACAAUAUGAAAGGAACCCAUAUAAUAUGAUAUCAGACUCUAUUCAAUCGUAUUAAGUGAAGUAGCAAUUUAUUUGGUUUGA